CCGCUCAUUAGUCUUCCACCGCAAAUUCUUUUGGUGUAUGAUCUCCUGUUUUUACGUGUGUACAGGUUAUCAAACGUUAUGAGAAAGAAUUUGGUGCAAGGAACUAUAGAUUCACAGCAGGGAAAGUGGAUUUCAUUGCCAUUGAUGCCCAAACACUGGAUGGUAAAUGACACAGUCAACUACAGGGCAUCCCCUAGGAAACCUGUCCUCUGCCACCUGGAAUUUUGUCAAAAAUGUCUGCAAGGACAUCACUGCCACUCCAAGGGUGUUAUUGACUCAUAUCCCAUUGUAUCGGCCAGAUUGGACUUCCUGUGGUCCACAUCGCUCUUCCCCAAUUAUCAAUCAGAGGGUUUCUCGUGCUGCUGAUAAUCAAGAAAUAUUGUACCAGAAUUAUAUCACCGAAGAAAAAACAAAUGAGUUACUGAACUUGAUAAGACCUGCAGUCAUCCUGUCUGGUCAUGAUCACGAUCAGUGUACAGUUACUCACAUGUCUCAGCAUGGGCCUGUGAGGGAGCAUACUGUAGGGACCAUUAGCUGGCAGCAGGGGAAUUUGUAUCCGUCCUUUAUGCUGUUGUCUGCGAGCAAUAUUUCAUUUCCCAAUGCAUCGACUCCGGAGGAUGCGACAUCUACUCAGCUGUGCUUCCUUCCUGUGCAAACACAUAUUUACAUAUGGUAUCUUUCUCUGUUUGUUGUGACACUUCUUGUUGUCCUCCUUUGGCCAACAAAUGGAGCGAUCUUUUUGCGUCACUUGGGUGAUUUUAUGGGGAAUAUCAGAAGUCUAAUUAGCUGCAACAUUUUCAGAGGUGGAACAAAAGAGAAAAAUGAAGAUGAGAAUUGUGAGUAUGAGAUGAUUUGGGAUGCUGAAGGAUCGAUGCACCUAAUCAAAAAAACCAUGAAAGCCCCUACAACAUGUUCAAGUGAGAGGGGCGUGGUAGAAAGGGGCAAUGCUGUGAUGCGGUCAACAGCUAAAAAACAGACUGCACAGGAUAUAAUUGUCUCGAUGCCAUCGGAUGUGAAUGUACAUGUGGGGUUGGAUGAUAUGCCAAAGUUACCAACUAGAACGAUCAAAUCAAGGACGGCGACAAUGGUGAUCCGGAGAUUGAUCUGGACUUUCCGAGUGCUGACAGUUAUUGCUGCAGUGAAUGUUCCUCUCUACAUGAUGCUUCUGUUCAAGGAUUGGAUUGACAAAUAAUGUCAGAAGUGAUUGUUGUCACAUUGGUUCCGCUUAUGGAUAGGAUGGAUGAGAUACCUUAGUAGGAGGGUUCAAGCUCACGAUUUGCAUUAUAUGGACCUAAUGAUCGAGUUAGCCAACCCUAUUUACUUAGGCCUUUUCAAUCAAGUUUAAAAUACAGUACUGAACACAACAAAAGUUGGGACUUUUGGCAACGUUUUAAGCACUGCUUCUAUUGGACAUCUCAGAGGUUAGUAUUCUGUUCAUUGGUUGUUAUUGUUCCUG